UCCAAAGAUGGGUAGAUUAGAUGAAAAGCCUAGUUUUGUAAAAACAGUAAAUGUGUUUCUUAUUCAGAUUUGUGUUGUGAUGGAAUUGAGACGUCGAAUGAGGCGGAGAAGGGCGAUGGGAAUGAAGACUAUGAGGUGGCUGAAGAUGCGAACCACGAGGAGUCGACUGGUGAAAAGCACCACCUCUUAUCAGGAAGAAUUGGCCCUCAAUCGACAACUUGCGAAGGAGCUGAACGAGGAGAAAGAACGAGAGGCUCUGCUUGUGGCUCAAAUUAGUCAGCUAGAGUUAGAAAAGGCAGCAAUUCUCAUGCGAAGCUAUUCGGACUUCCAGAACGAAAGUGCAAUUGAAGAAACAGCUGACCACAGCCAGAUCCAAGCCGAGGAAUCGGAAGAUGCCAUUAGGUGCCACCAACUUAGAGAGCAAGUCUUGAAUAUAAAAGCUAUCGCCGAAGAAUGUUUGAAACUUUUAGACAAAACUGACCAUGACGGGUCAUCAAAAACUGAAUAAUUGCGCCAAAUGAUCUUUUAAGAUUGGUUUUUGUUUUUAGUUUAAACAAAAUUUUAAUUUUGUUUAAUUUGUAUUAGUUAAGACGCUUUGAAAUGAUUGUUUCUUCAAUUUUUGAAGUAGUUCUGUGUUUAAA